AAAGUCAAACGCCUGUUGACCAUCCUCUCCGGCCGUCAACGCUUCAAACACUCGGGCUCAAUCCUAGUCAACGGAGCUCACUUCACCAAACCCGUCUCGAAACGGAUCGGGUUCGUCACCCAAGACGACAUUCUCUACCCGCACUUAACCGUUAGGGAGACCCUAGUUUUCUGCGCCAUGUUAAGGUUACCGAAAACGGUGACCCGAUCCGAGAAGAUUCAGGCGGCGGAGAGCGUGAUUGCUGAGCUGGACCUCGAGAAGUGUGCGGACUCGGUGGUCGGGAGCGCGUUCGUGAGAGGAGUCUCGGGAGGGGAGCGAAAGCGGGUUUCGAUUGGGCAUGAGAUGCUGGUGAACCCGAGCCUGUUGGUUUUGGAUGAGCCCACUUCGGGUCUGGACUCGACCGCGCUGGGUUCGCUAGCCCGGAAGGGGCGGAGUGUGGUUUUGUCAGUACACCAGCCGUCUAGCGGAGUGUAUCAGAUGUUUGAUAAUGUUAUGCUGCUUUCGGAGGGUAAUUGUGUGUAUUUUGGGGAGGGGGUGGACGCGAUGGAGUAUUUUCGGGAGGUUGGGUUUGUGCCGAGGUUUCAUGUUAAUCCUGCGGAUUUUAUGCUUGAUCUCGCUAAUGGUGCAAAUGGUUGUGUUCAAAUAGAGUACAAUAGUGAAGCAGAUAAAUCAAAUGUAAAGCAAACUCUAGUUUCAUCUUACAACAGAGUACUAGCUCCGAAGGUGAAGGCCUCUGUUGAGGCUGCUCUCGCUGCUGUUGCUGCUACAGGAAAUCCUCCAACAACAGGCACCCAGAGGUCCACGGAGCAAGAACAAAAGGACCACAGCAGCAUCAGUUGGUUCACCCAAUUCACCAUCCUCCUCCGCCGCGGCCUCAGAGAACGCCGCUACGAGACCUUCGCCUCCCUCCGUGUCCUUCAGGUCCUCGCCGCCUCCUUCCUUGCUGGCUCAAUGUGGUUCCACUCCAGCAUCCACAACGUCCGCGACCGCCUCGGCCUCCUCUUCUUCAUCGCCAUCUUCUGGGGUGUUUUUGCCUCCUUCAACGCGGUAUUCACCUUCCCUCAAGAACGCGCCAUCUUCAUCAAGGAACGCUCCUCUGGCAUGUAUACAUUGUCUUCCUAUUUCAUGGCCAGGACAGUCGGCGAUCUCCCCAUGGAGUUCGUACUUCCUUCAGUAUUCACGUUCAUUCUGUACUGGAUGGCGGGUCUCAGGCCUGAGAUCGAUGCGUUUUUGCUUACCCUUAUUAUACUAUUAGCCUACGUUCUUGUUGCUCAAGGGCUUGGGCUUGUGAUUGGAGCGGCGAUCAUGGACGCUAAGCAGGCCUCGACAGUUGUGACUGUUACAAUGCUGGCGUUCCUGUUGACUGCUGGUUUUUACGUUCAGCAUGUACCUGGAUGUAUAUCCUGGCUCAAAUACGUGUCGUUUACCUUCUACUGUUAUAGGUUGCUUAUAGGAGUUCAGUAUCGAGGAAACGAGUUAGAUCAGUAUCUGGGCUCGCAUAGUUCUGGACAUGGGCAAAGACCAGGAGAAGAAGCGAUUUUGACGCAGAUUACUGUUAGGGAGAGUAUCGCGGCGUUGUUCAUUAUGUUUUUUGGGUACCGGAUUCUGGCGUAUAUCGCUCUGAGGCGUAUCAAAGUUUGAUAUGCGAAAGGUGGAUUUUUUUUUUUUUUUUUGCAUCGGAAAAUAAUUAACAGGAAGAAGAGAAAGCAAAAGUCGAGAAGAACUGUAAAUGGUGGAUGUAAUUAUAUAAGAGAGAUUCCUAUUAAGGCUAAGUGGGAAGCUUGUGUAUAUAAGCAUGAACAGCAUCAUGCAUUGAUGUUCAUCUGUAUAGUUUUCAAGAUUGAAUACGAUAUUCAUCCAGAUUAAAUAAGUUUAGUAGAAGUUUUGUUGGGUUUUAUUGUGUGUACGUAAGUUUUUGGGCUUUUAC